AUGCCUGUGAGAGAAAGACUUGAAGAAAGAAAGAGCACGGAUUUUGAGGAAAUUGAGGCGAAAUAUGGAGAAGAUGGGCUCCCAAGGGCUUCAAGACCUAAAGCCAAAAGGGCUCUCACGAUGAUGGUUCAAAUGUGCCUGAGGAGGCUAAAAGUAGCUGCCUACUCCGCAGAGCGAACCUCAUACAAGAAAAUCUCAGGGCAUGUAUUAAAAAUGUUGAUAGAUAAGAACCUGAAGAUUACGGUAAAAAUUACAUAA